CGUGACACGCAUUGCAUACAUAUUAUGAAACAGAAAACAAACACCACUUCUGUUAUGUUAUGAAAACAAGACAUCAAUUUUUGUGUCCUAUUAUUGUCUCUAUUCAUCAAUUGAUCGCUUUUUAUAAGACAAGUUCACAGUUAUAAUGUCGUCGUCUUCAGCAGUAGUUUUGGCCACUAAUGGUCAGUCAUCGGUGGCCUCGACGACGAAGUUUGUCGACUUUUGCAAAGUGUGCGACAAAAUUGAAUCGAAAAAAUCAAAGAACGAUAAGAAAKCGAUUCUCAAGAAGUUUAUCGAUUGGUGGCGCCGACAGUCUACACAUCCCGACGACUGUUUCUAUUCAGCCCUACGGUUGAUGUGUCCGCAUAAGGACGUCAAGACGUACAGUAUAGCCGCCGCUGAUGAAGCUGUUUCUAUCACCGCUGAUAAUAGCAUUAGAAGCCAAUCGUCUACAGCCGGUGUUGACCAGAAUUCAGGUCGCAGUGCAUACGGUCUGAAAGUGGAUAAACUGAGACAAAAAUAUAUAAAAAUAUUGAGUUUGAAUCGCGAGUCAGACGACGCCAAGAAGUUGAUGACAUUCAAUAAAGACCCGAAUAAUUCGUUGAAAGACUUUGCCAAUGUUUUGUACGAAGUAAUGACCCGAAGAUCGCGUGUUAUUGAUGGCAGUAUUACUCUCGAGGAAGUGAACAGAGAGUUGGACCGAAUUGCCCGUUCGUUCGAAGAAAACCGUGCCUCCGAUGCUGACGAAGUGUUGACCAAAUUGAUCAACAAUAUGACAGCAUUGGAAAACAAAUGGUUGGUACGGAUUAUACUGAAAGACAUGAGUCUCGGUAUCGGCGAUACUUCCAUAAUGAAUGCCUAUCAUCCCGACGCUAUUGAAUAUUUCGAUACCAUUCACAACUUGCAGAAAGUCUGCACCGACUUAUCUGAUCCGACUGUACCAUUGAGUGUCAAAUGUAUACAAUUGUUUUCACCUUUUUCGCCGAUGCUCUCCGAAAGAGUUAAACUCAAGACAAUCAAUCGCUUAAUCAAUGAUAAGCUGUUCUUUAUUGAACUCAAAUACGAUGGCCAGAGAUUUCAAUUACACAAAUCUCGUCAAACGUUUAAGUAUUUUAGCCGUAAUUGUAAUGAUUUUUCCGAUGCUUUCAAUCAAUCGCUAACGCCGUAUAUUGUCCAUGGAUUCGAUGACAGUGUUGUCGAUUGUAUAUUGGAUGGCGAAAUGAUGGCUUAUCAAAUAAGUACUGAUCGAUUGCUACUACAAACUGAACCUAAUUUUGAUGUCAAACGUCUGACUGAUGGCACCGGUGAUAAACAUCCGUAUUAUGUUGUUUUCGAUGUCUUGUAUCUUAACGGCAAAGUAAUGACUGGAAACCCGUUGGCCGAAAGGAUUAGAUUAUUAGAAAGUAUUAUUAAACCGAUAAACACAAGACUUACGAUUGGUGAACGGCGACUUUGUGAGACUAAAGAGGAAAUCAUUGAUUCAAUGAAUGCGGCCAUCGAUAGACAAGAAGAAGGUAUUAUUAUUAAGUUAAGUGAAUCAGUUUAUAAGCUAAACAAGCGUCACGGCGGCGGUUGGCUUAAACUGAAGCCCGAUUAUAUCGACGGAUUGAUGGAUGAGUUGGAUCUGUUGAUUAUUGGUGGCUGUUAUGGCGAUCGCGGAGGUGUUUCACACUUUUUACUCGGAGUUAAAAAUAAUAGCGAUUCAGAUUCAGAUACUCCGUCGAAAUUUUUGAGUGUAUGUCGCGUCGGAACCGGCUAUACUAAUGAAGAGUUGAGAAAACUGCAGAACCGAUUCAAAGAUCAUUGGAAAACAUUAGACAGGAAAAAGUGUCCACAGAUUUUUGAAUUCGGCCGAAUGAAACCCGAUGUCUGGAUCGAGCCUAAGAACUCGGUUAUCUUGCAGGUCAAGGCCGCAGAGAUUAUGGACUCGAACGGCGAUUAUCCGAACAUUACUUUUCGGUUUCCGCGAGUUAUGAAGAUUAGAGACGACAAGGAAUGGCAUCAGUGUAUGAGUGUCGCCGAUAUGGAGCAGAUGAGAGCCCGCGGAUCUCUGGCCAAUACAUUGGACUACGAGGUUAAUGAUGAACCAGAAAAGAAACGCAAACGAGUUAUAGAUAGGCCAACCAUUUCUAGUCUUUACCAAUUGGCCGACUGUUCAGAUGUUAGUGUCAGACGUGAUCUGUUUGCUGACAAAGAGUUUUGUGUCAUUCCCUUCAAAGAUGCGCCACUAAAACAAAAAUAUGAAAGAAUUAUCAUUGAAAACGGUGGUACAGUGACUGCUAGUCCGGCGGUAAACAAAACAUUUUGUAUUAUAGCUGAUAAUUGUGAUACAAUUGCUGUCAAAAGGCACGUGAAGUGCGGUAAAUAUGAUAUUGUUAGACAUCAAUGGAUCGAUAGAUGUGUUUCUGAAAAUAAACUGUUGAAUUGGAUUCCGAGUGAUUUGUGGAAUCAGACCAAUGAUACUAAAAACAAAAUGAGUGAAUCAUUUGAUAAAUAUGGCGAUUCCUAUACCGAACCGAUAUAUGAGUUAGAGCUCCGAGAGUUGUUCGAUAAGAUAGUGAACAUUGAUUUGAAGCCAUUGUCCAAUAAAGAGAUUGCCGACAUUGAGUUUGAGUAUUGGCCCGAUGAGCGGCAAUCAAGUUUCUUGAGAACAGUUACCAUUUAUGUUGAUAACCAACAUAACAACAACCACUUUAAUUGUCAAGAUAUUUAUAUCAAGUACUGGCAAUCGGUAUUACGAUUUUAUGGGGCGACAGUUGUCCAGAGUUUAGCGACAAUGCCAUCGCAUGUCGUCAUAUUAAACACCAAACGAAGAGAAUAUUUCAAGAAAAUUAACAGAAAAAAUGAACGAAAGUUUCAUAUUGUCGAUGAAAAUUGGAUCCAACGGUGUAUUCAAAUGAGARAUGUUUGCGAUUAUAUCGAUCUUUGA